ACGGACGAUCAAACGAGUAAAUCGCUCGUUAUACCAUUGAUGUUAUAUGGUUAUUUCAUCAUUCCAAAAUAAACGUAACUACCAAAAACAAGCCGUUAUACUUAAAUGUGGGUUUGACUUCCUAAUGUGACGAAACGAUAUUACGGCUCUAUUUUGCGUUUGUCAACACGGGUUGCUAAAUAGAAAAACGAAUGGCCACCACCAGGUACACGGACCCAUCGACCAACCCAUUUCUGAAUUGAACAUCUGAGUUACGAGAUUUGUUACUAAAACAGAAGCUGCAGAACCCGGAAAAGGGAAGUGCGAGUGUAGCAAAGGCGCACCACUUUCAUUUCGUAAAUAUGAGACAAUUAAGAUGUACAUCUCCUACGGCCAAUGGAUUCUAUCUAUCCCGGUGUCCUCUGUGAAAUGAUCCGACAUAGAGUCAAUUUCAGCAAAAAGUCGCAAUGGCGAGAAUAGCCUGGUAUCAAGAAAAGAUUGGAGCAUAUGACCAGCAGAUUUGGGAGAAAUCCCUUGAACAAACGGAGUUAAAUGGAAUUGGCAGCAAGCCAAAGAAGACUGGACACAUCAAGCCGGACCUAAUUGAUGUUGACCUAGUAAGAGGCUCAACAUUCAGCAAGACUAAGCCAGAGAGUCCAUGGACAGCACUGACCCGUAAAGGUCUGGUCAGGGUGCUUCUGUUCCCCUUCUUCUUCCACUGGUGGAUCCAGGUCACCUCCCAGAGGAUCUCCCUCUGCAUCCUGCUGCUCUACCUCCUGCAAGUGGCAGCGCUCCUCAUGUAUGUGGAGGUUCCUGCGGCCAGCCCCAGUGAGCUGUUUGGGCCCAUGUGUCUGAUGCUGCUGCUGGGCACCGUGCACUGUCAGAUCGUCUCCACGGAGACCAGCCGCAGCCCCUCCAUCAGCCCUGUGACCAGCAGCUCUGCCAGCCCCACGCGUAGGAGGAGACCCAGGAAGGGGCGGGGGGUGAAGCGGACAGAGGAGCCAGGGAGCAACGAAGACACCGAGCUGCACGACAACCAGAGACUUUACAGAUCUGAGGAGAGGACCAAUCAGAGAUCAGGGUUCGGGGCGUCUGACGAACUGUCCAGUGAGGAAGAGGAGGAGGACGGAGCUAGCGUGCCCCCGCCAGCCCCUCAGGAGAGACACGCAGGAAGGAAAACUGUCACUGCCUACCUCAGGAAGAGACACCUCCAGCUCCUGUCCCAGACCCCAGGCCCCCAGGCGGAGUGUGCCCGGCCGGCUAGCCCCGCAUCCUCCAUGGACGGCAAGAAAGCUCGCGGCGCCGAGCGCCUCCGACUCGACCACGCCGAACGGCCCGCCUCCGACACCGACGACACCAUGUGGGAGGAGCUUCUGCAGGGCCCCGACUCCGCCUCCACGGGCAGCAGCGACACCGAGGGGGAGGCCUGGCGGUACCGCGCCGGGGUCAACGCCCCCCCCACCGCUACGGUCAGCAGCGACGACGAGAAACUGCAGCAGGGUCAUUUGUCGUGGCUCCAGGCGUGCCACCCGUCUAGGGACCGUGUGAGUGCCAUCAUCUGGGAGCAGGGGGACUGCAAGAAGGCGGACAUGUCCGUUCUGGAGAUCAGUGGCAUCAUUCUGACACGGGUGAAGCUGGUGGAGCAGGGCAUGGGCUACCUGAUGCUGGGCGGCCUGGUGACGGCCACGCUGGCCCUGCUGCCGUACGGCUUCCGCCUGUCCCAGCAGCUGGAGCUGUCCCAGCUGGGCUCCCUGAGCCUGGGCCAGCUGGCCCAGAUGGCCCUGGGCCCGCCCGACGCCCAGGCCUACGCCUUCUUCCUCAUCUCCACCGUGGAGAGGUUCUGCCUCACCGGACUCUUCUUCUUCAUGAUGUGCGUGGCGGAGAGGACCUACAAACAGCGGCUCCUGUUUGCCAAGCUGUUCAGCCACCUCACGUCCGCGCGGAAAGCCAAGAAGUCGGAAAUCCCUCACUUCCGUCUGAAGAAGGUGCAGAACAUCAAGAUGUGGCUGUCUCUCCGCUCGUUCCUCAAGAGGCGAGGGCCCCAGCGUUCGGUCGAUGUCAUUGUGUCGUCCAUCUUCCUCCUGGCUCUCUCCAUUGCCUUCAUCAUCUGUGCUCAGCUCCUGCACAGUCACCACACAUUCCUGGACUCUCUGACCAACUGGGAGCUGAUGUUGUGGUGCUCCUCCCUGUUCCUGUUCCUGCUGCGUCUGGCCACGCUGGGCACCGAGACCAACUGCAAAUACAGCAACGCCUCGGUGCUGCUUACCGAGCAGAUAAACCUGUAUCUCAAGAUGGAAAAGAAGCCCAACAAGAAAGAAGAACUGAACAUAGUGAACAAUGUUCUGAAGCUCGCAACUAAACUCAUGAAAGAGUUGGACAUCCCCUUCCGGCUGCUGGGUCUGACGGUGAACCCCCUGGUGUACAACAUCACCCGGGUGGUCAUCCUGUCAGCCCUGUCCGCCGUGGUCAGCGACCUGCUGGGCUUCAAUAUCAGGCUGUGGAAGAUCAAGCCUUGAUGGGAACGUGCCAAACCAAACCACUGAGUGUUGGACACUGGAAAACUGGACCAGCCCCUGAUGCCUGUCCAGACGGGGCCAGCCGACCUUUGACCUUUUGGCCUGUCUGUUCUGAGAGUGUGCGUACCUACUGACCCUCCACCCUUGCUUCUCCGUAGCUUCCCUGGCCCCUCGGAGCACCAGAUCUCCCUGGACCACCGCUCGCUUCGGCCCCUCUGUGACAAAUCCCUUCUCCCUGUCCCUGGAUGCUGCUAGCUCUCCCUGGACACUCUGUUAGCUGUCCCUGAUGGAUGUCCUGGACAACGCUGGCUGUCCCUGUUAUCUCUUGUUGGGAUGGAUACUACUCGGGUUGCCAUGACUACCGUACCUCGGUGUCCCCUUCGUCCCUAGCAUGUCACAGCAGCCGCUGGCUGGCCAGACCAGCGCCAAGACGCCUGAACAUCACUCUUACCAGUCUUCCUUCUCUGGCUUCUCGUCUGUCAAACUAGUUGCCAAUGGGUGCCUUUCCCAAAAAAAUGGGUUGUGUGAUUGUGUGGUUAAGACAAAUGAAUGUGUUCUAGAUCCGAAAUAGGCGGUGGUGGUGGAAUUCUGCAGUGGCAUAUUACCGGUAGUGAAAGCAAAACGUCACGGUUAUGGCGUGACCAUGUGUGACCUUUUAGGCGUCAUCGAGGUUACGCGACGGUAUGUAGACUAGGUCACUGUGCUCCAUGUGCUAAAAUGUGAAAGCGAUGUCAGCGAAACACUACACGGAUUAACAAGAUGUUAUUAACUGCAUUGAUGCUUCUUUUUAUUUAAGGGGAACCAGAGCGCUUUAUUUAUUUGCAGUUUCAGCGUUGCAAUUACUUGCCGAGUGGUAUCUACAGAACUACAUUCUUGGGGCGAAAUCGAUUGCUUUUGUAUUGAAGACCAAUAUUCAUCAAAGAUACUAUGCACAGGCGAGAUGAUUUUGUACGUGCAACAUAAUAGGAAUGUUUGCCUCAAUCUUUUGGAAGAUAAAUAAAUUGUCCUUUUUUUAAGAACA